CUUGUACAUGCGAAAAGUGACAGCAGGCACAAUCAGUCGGCACACCAGCUUUUCGUUGUACACAUAAUUAGCUGUGUUAGCUUUCAAACUAUAUACGCUUAAUAUUCACAUUUUAGUGGCGAAUUUUAAUCCAAGUAAAAUGGUGUUUUACUUCACAAGUACCGCGGUGAAUCCUCACUACAUCAUCUACAUGGGAAAAGACAAAUAUGAAAAUGAGGAUCUAAUAAAGUACGGAUGGCCUGAAGACAUCUGGUUUCAUGUUGACAAACUGUCUUCUGCUCACGUUUAUCUGAGACUGCCACAGGGUCAUGCAAUAGAAGAUAUUCCCCCUGAGGUGCUGAUAGACUGUGCACAGCUGGUGAAAAACAACAGCAUCCAAGGCUGUAAGAUGAACAACAUCAAUGUGGUUUACACAUCGUGGGCCAACCUGAAGAAAACCGGAGACAUGGACGUAGGACAGAUUGGUUUUUUUCGACAGAAAGAGGUGAAGAUCGUGGCGGUGGACAAGAAGGUCAAUGAGAUCGUAAACCGCCUGGAGAAAACAAAAGAAGAACGAUUUCCCGACCUGGCGGCAGAGAAAGAGUCGAGAGACCGGGAGGAGAGGAACGAGAAGAAAGCUCAGGUCCAAGAACAGAGGAAGAAAGAGAAGGACGACCAGAGGAUGAGAAAGGAGAUGGACGAGCUCAAGUGCUACACGUCAUUGAUGAAGGAUGAAAACAUGCAGACUAAUGAAGAUGGUAAUGAUUCAGACGACUUCAUGUGAGAGGUGAGCGCCAGGAAGCAAGCAGACAGAAUCCUUCACUACUCAAAGCUGCUGUCAGGAUGCUCUCCUGCUGCUUUAACUUGCUGUAACUCUGCACUGACAAAAAACAACAACUACAAAGACAAAUGGAUACUUUUUUUGCUUUUGGACGCUUGGAGCAGAAAGCGAGCCAAUGAGGGACAGCGGCGGGGAUUUAUCCCACAUGCUGAUUGGUUCAGAAACUGCUUCCAAACCAAACUAAGCUGGCUGGCCUCUUCAUUCAGGGAUGACACUGUCGAAGAAACGCAGGACAAGAAGGCUGAGGAUCAUUUGGGGGGAAAAAACACUGAAAUAGCAGAACCGUUUUCAGCGAUGUUGAUGUAUGAUAAAACUAUUGUUCGGGUGUUUUAAUAACCCUGAGAAAACCUUCUGUUCACUUUCUUUAUGUGUCACAUUUUAUUCAAUACAAUUCAAUGUAUUAAACUCGGUUAUAGAUUUUCAUAGACAAACCGUUAUAUUCUUUUGCAAAACACUCGCAGCCACUAUCAUCUACCUGCAGAACCUUUUAUUUUUAUCUUAUGUGCUAAAUGUUGUGCCAGCAUCUAAUGUUUAUUUUUAUAUAACACCUGUCACAUUUCCCAAAGUCCUAGCAGAUUCAUUCAAAUUUCUUCUUCAGUUCAACUGAAAUCCAAAUAAAUUACAGUCUACGAUGAUUAAA